GAAGAAAGUCCAUUCUUUCUCCAGUUUGUGUUGAAAGAUGUUCAAAGUUAGUGAAUCAGUUGUUAGUUGAAUAGUUUAUGGUGUCUAUGCAAAAUUUUAUGAUAACGUGGCUAAGAUGAAAUGUUACACUACAGACGAUCGUCAUAAAAUGAAUAAUUCAGCCGGUUUAAGUGAAAUGGCCGUGAACGUAUGGGAAAAAGUGCUAUCGAUCUAGAAAAGGGUAGUAAUCAGCCGUAUGUUUUGAAAACUACCAUCAUUCUUUUUCAUUCGAGUGGCACGCACUGAGGAAAAUGCCAACCUAUUCGACACGUCAGCAGGAAGAGCUUUUGGAAGAGAGUCCAGCAUUUGCAAUUGUGCCGGUUGAUCACUUCAGAGGGCUUGGAAAACCAAAUGCCAUCGUCCGCCCGUUGCGUCACAAUAGGGAAGUAAUCGAGGGACAGCACAUUAUAAACCUACACCCUGACUAUAAGCUGAUUCACGAUUUGGAAGCACAAAUCAUUCGCAACAACACCAGUAACAAAAUCAAAAGUGAUAACAACAAUAACACAACGAUCACCUCGAACACCGCUAGUGCUGUCCCUAUCAAGAGAACGGAGCGAGGAAGGCCCAAUGAAUUCACCAAAGAACUGGACGCUAAAUUGAGGAGACUGCAGAACGAUUCGUCCAAACGGUCAUCAAAAAAUGGAAGCUCUCAGGAUGUCAACACUAAAAAAAAGCCGCUCUUUAUCACGACUGUGCCCAAGGGCGUGUUCCUUCAACCGAGUAAAGAACUUCCUAUAAUCAUUCCAUCGGCGACCUCCCUUCGUCGCCUGUAUGCCUACGAGAGCCGUCCAAGGAUUCUUCUGACCGCUAACAGUAUCAACAAUAACAAUAACGAUAUCAAUCAUCCUAACCACAACCACCACCAGCAGCAGCAUUUGUGCAAGCAUGGCAGCCAUCAUCAUAAAAUCACCAUUACUCAAUCCGAGUCGGAGCCGAACGUGGCAAAGGCAACCGCAUUCGCCACCAGCGCCAUCCCGAGGCACAACUUCAACAAUCGGAACGCGAGAGACCAGCAACACGCCACCUACCAAAAUGUGAUGCACGAUCGGAGAGUCGUCCGAGGCAGUAAUUUCACUACCAACAAUAUCCAGACGUGGAACCCUUAUUUCGCUUAUGCUGGUCUUCUAUCAGGAAAGGGCGAUGGAGACAGUCUACAGAAAGAAGCGGAGGCACGCCGAAGGCAGAUGGUACGGAAGAAACACGUGGCGCGCAAUCAACGCGGUAUCAUCGGAACUCCGCCUGCAGUUCGUGGUCGCAAACAUGAGAAUGUUCAAACCGAAAAGUACCUUGAAGAGCUUUUCGUCCGACCACCAGAAAUUGAUGCUGGAUGUCAGACGGAUCUAUUCCUGCACAGACCACCCUCACCCCCAUAUGUGCCGCAGAAGCUCGGUCGAGACGUUGGAACAGAAAUUCUCGAGGGUGAACUCUUUGACUUCGAUACCGAAGUGCAGCCCAUUAUCGAGGUUCUCGUGGGACGUACCAUAGAGCAAGCGCUGAUCGAGGUUCUACACGAAGAAGAAAUCGCCGAAAUGAAACGCCAGCAGCAGCAGAUAAUGGCAAUCAGAGAAGCAGAAAUAGCCGAACUUCGACGGCUUGAGUUGGAGGAUCGAAAAAUUCAGGCCGAAAAGGAACGCAGAAUACUUCAGGAUAAGAUUGCCCAAGAUCUUGAUAGGGAGAUGCAGGAACGCAUCACGGCAUCGAAAUUACUGCAAGGUAGGAUCGAUGACCUACUGCCAGACAUUCUGAAUACCGUAGAGAACAUCAAGGAUGACAAAGAUCGCGAAGAGUUUGAACGUCAAAUUACACCCUGGUUGGCAAAGGAGGUCGCCCAUGAGAUUGGACAAAUGAUAGACUCCAAAGAGCUUCUGGAAGGUAUAAUACGUGAAGUGCUUAUUCAAAAGAAACAUCAUUUGUUUGGUACACCAACGCCUGAAAUACACGAUGAUAUUCCGGAAGACGAGGUUGAUUUCGAAGAACAUCAACCGCAAGACGAAAGUGAAGCUCAGGAAGAAGAAGCAAAUGAAGAAGAAGAAGUGGAGAAUGUAGAAGAACAGGCAAUAGAAAACGGAGAUUCCGAAAAAGCUGUGUGAUAAGUUGAGCUUGAAGAAGAUGCAAUCCUAUACUAAUGUUCAAGAAACGUAAAUUACUCGAAGAAGUCUCAAAAUUUCUACUUUGAUAUCAAACUAUAAUUGAUCCCAGUUUGUGCAAUUAGAACCGUGUACGUAUAUUAAAUUAUUUUUGCCCUAAACU